GCUCAUUCAUUUUCUACAUUCAUUAACCUUUCAUUCAUUACAAACAACAAUAGCAAAAUACAUAAACUGGAUCAUUUACUGAUACAAACACUUUCACAUAUUUUCCUUCUUUCUCUUUCGGAUUCUUUUCUUCUUUUCUUGUCCUGUCUUGUCAUUUCAACUCCAAAUGACUGUUAAGCCUACUCCUGCUGGUUUACACCACUCACCAUCACCCUUCCGUCCUGGAUCCAUCUUCUACAAUGAAUCUGCCUCCGAACCAUAUACCUACCUUGACACCUCAACACCCUCUUCCACCACAACGUCGCAGCAACAACAACAAGUAAUAGAGACAAAAAAAGCCCAUCCCCAGGUUCUGGCUCACUCUGAAGUCUCGCUUGCAUCCCCACCGCCUUCUCCUUCCCGUAAUUCAAUCUUUGAUCAGCCAUGGUCUGGUGCCUCACGCCCCAAUAUCAGCUCUCUCCGUGCCAGCAGUAGUAAUAACGUCACCACUACUAAUGGCAUAAACAAAGAUGCCAUUCCCAGAGGUAGCUCAUCCACUUAUGGGAGCAAAAUCCAUCAACAUCAGCGAGCCAGCAGCCCUAUUUACAACAUGGAAUCAACCGCCUCUUCAAACAUUACAACAACAGCAGCCGCAACCUCCAGUCUACGGUCUCCAGCCCCGGCUAGACUUGUGAACUCUAGAAGUCUGAGUUAUGAUCAAGGACAGUUACAGAGGUCAAUAUUAUCCAGCCACCAAGACAUCGUACAUGGAACACCAAGAACUUCUAGCUCACACCGGAUACUGCGCUCACCUGUCCACGUGCCUCGCUCUCUACCCUCGCCAUCCCUCCCACCUUCCUCCUCAUCGAUAUUCCUACCUCCUAUGUCUUUAAACGGCCAUGGCCCAAGCGUCAGUAGUUGUUCUCAACAUGACUCAGCCGAAAAUGCACCUCCAUUUUCUCUUAACCUUGACUGUAGCAAAGCUAACCUACUUGGAUAUGGAAGGCAUUCAGAGGUCUACAAGGCUCUAAUUCACCCUUCGUCGUCGCACAUGAGACAGUACCUACACACAAGAAAAACUUUACGAGCGAUGUCUUGUCAAGACGUGUUUCAACAGAGUAAAGAAGAUAUAACUCAAAGCGACACUAUUGUUUGCGCUGCAAAAUGUCUUUCAUCCGAUGCCGACUCUCAAUCUGCGGGCCUAGCAGAGGCGGCCAUUUUAAGAAGGCUUCACACCACGCAAGUAGAGAAUCCAGGCAGACUUUAUCUCGUUGACUACCUUGGGCUCUAUGAUCAAGCAAAAAAACAGAUCAUAUCUGUCGUGGAGAGCAGUAGUCAUGAGCGUGCUGUCCAGAGUGAUCAUCAAGAUGGUCAAUGGACAUUACUUCUUGAAUACUGCCAGAAUGGAUCCAUGUGGGACUGGAUACGUCAGAAUCCAGAGAAAGUUGGAUUCCGUCGAUGGUUAACAUGGUCUUUGCAACUUUUGCAGGCGGUUGAUUGUAUUCAUGAUGCAGGUCUUAUUCAUCACGAUAUAAAGCCGCACAACAUAUUGCUCGACUCUUUCCUUGAUGCUAAGCUCUCGGAUUUUGGUGCAGGGCGUUUUUUGAGCACUCCAGAUACUACAGGCUCCAUUAUAGGCGAUAUCAUCGAAGCAGAGAAAUCCAAAGCAAAGGAUUGCUUCUCGCUGGAGGAAGGACGUGGCCGAGGAACGCCUCCUUAUUCUGCUCCCGAGAUGUUUGCUUCAUCAUCGACGUGUGCUUAUUAUGGCCGACCCAUUGACAUUUAUUCUCUUGGGGUAUCGCUAUAUGUCAUUGGCUUGACCGCACAUGAGCCUUUUCACAAAGUUAAGAGCAUGAUCGAGAUGAUUGUUUGGAUUAAGAAGGGUGGAUUUUGGCUCUGGGAAGACCAAAGCUGGGUUCAUGAUCGAGGCCCAAUCCCCAAAGUAACACCAAGCAGUCGUUUAUCUGCUUCGUCGGCUGCUCAAGCUCAGGCCCAGGCAUCAAUUAUUAACAAUAAUGAGUCGAAGGAGCGUAGACAAGGCGGUCCUCGCUCAACACGAGCGUCAUUCUCUGCUUUACACACUCUUAACCUUCCUCCAAUCAAUACACAGCUUGCAGUUGCUCGUUCUUGCCUUAGUCCAACCUCUAUUUGCUCAGCAACCUCUUCAGCUGGAGCCACAGGGCUGUAUAAAAGCCCUAUAAUAUCCUUUAAUACAUCAAACAAUCAUUUUUUAAAUGGUCACUCUCCAGAGAGGUCUGCUCGAUCAUCACAGCCUUCGACUCCUAUAUCGCCCCUACCUCUGCCAUCGCCCACUGUCAAAUCAUCAGCUGCUCGCUCGACACCACGCAAGGACGAGCAGCGUAAGAGCGGAGAGAUCGUCAUGAGGUUUUUAAAUGGCGAGGUUGUUCCAAUUCAAGUCAUUCAACUGCUGAAGGAUAUGUGUCAGGCAGAUCCAGAACAGAGACCAACUGCCAAGGCUGCUCUUCAACGCUUGCAAGAAAUACAAGCCCAGCUGGACGCAACUAUGGGCAUGGAUAUGGACACGGAUGUAGACUUGACGGAAAAUACGAUCGUUUAAGUAGAUGAUACAUCUCUACAUUAAUAGAUAGUAUAAUAUAAAG